AUGCUUCCCGAAUUCUUCCCGAAUCCUUUCCGAAUACCUCCUGAGUGCCUUCCAACUCUAUCUCUGCUUAUAUCUAUCUAUCUAUCUCAGUCUGUUCAUAUCUAUCUAGAUAUCUCUUUUUUUCGUACCUCUCUAUCAAUCUAUCUCAGUCUUUUCAUAUCUAUCUAUCUAUCUAUCUAUCUAUCUAUCUAUCUAUCUUCUUUCAUUUCUCCAUUGACUAUCUUAGUGUCUUUCUUUCUUUCUUUCUUUCUUUCUUUCUUUCUUUCUUUCUUUCUUUCUUUUGUCUCUCUAUACUCAAUGUCUUCCUAUCUACUAACGCGUCGCGCUCUAGUCAUUGACCCUCUAUCUACUAAAACGUCUCUCUCUAUUCAUUUUCUUCCUUUUUAUUUUCUAACGUACCUCUCUCUAUUCGUUGCUUCUCUUUCUUUCUAUCCUUUAAAUGGACACUCUUAA